ACCGGCCGCUCCGCCACGGGGCUCGGCGCGGGGCGGCGGGGCGCGUCCUCCGGCGGCUCAUGGCGGCUCCGGGGCCCGGCGGACGGCGGGUCCUGGCAGACGUCGUGGCAUAUGUUGAAGUCUGGUCAGUGAAUGGAACAGAAAAUUACUCCAAGACGUUUACAAACCAGCUUGUGGAUAUGGGGGCAAAGGUUUCAAAAACUUUUAACAAACAAGUAACUCACGUUGUGUUCAAAGACGGAUACCAGAGCACUUGGGACAAAGCACAGAAGAGAGGCGUGAAGCUCGUCUCAGUGCUCUGGGUUGAAAAAUGCAGGACAGCUGGAGCGCACAUCGAUGAGUCACUGUUCCCUGCAGCUAAUACCAGGGAACACCUACCAAGCUUGAUUAAGAAAAAACGGAAGUGUAUGCAGCCCAAAGAUUUUAUUCCUAAAACACCGGAACAUGAUAAAAGGCUUCAGAAGAAAUUCGAGAAAAUGGCUACAGAGCUACAAAGGCAGAAGAGAAGUCUGGAUAAUGAUGUCCCUGUCCUCUUGUUUGAAUCGAACGGCUCACUGAUGUAUAGUCCCACAACGAAAAUGUGCAGCGGUCAGCAUAGUAUGAUGCUGAGGAGGUUACAGGAGAUGAAGGAGAAAAGGGAGAACCUCUCCCCUACCUCUUCGCAGAUGCUUGAAAACUCUCAUAAUAACCCAGCUGAUACCUCAUGUCAAGCUUCGUGGAACAUUUCACACAAUACUUUGUAUUCAGAUGAGUCCUUUGCUGAUGAUCUGAACUCAUCUUUUGACAAUCUUUGUGGAAAGACGGGAUGUGGAAGUCAGGAAGAGAAGCUGGCAGGAUUUGUGGACCAAGUUAAAAGUGAUGUGUGUGUUUCUUCGCCUGAGCUGAAGACAAGUCAUGUCCCUUCAUUGGCAUCUCCCGGUUACCUCUGUCAGUUAACUCCUCAGAAGCCCACGGGUGGUCUUUCCAAAGAAGAGAUUCGUGGGCAGAGAGAUCCUGCAGCUGAAGUGGUCACCCCUGACAAGCAGCAGUCGGAGGGAGCAGCCAGGGAGGGGCUUGACGAGAAACAUAAUUUGUCCCCUGUGCCAUCUGCAAGCAAAUGCCGCCCUUCAGGACAUUCACGAUCCAAGAGCUCUCCGGCAAAGAGAAAAAGAGUAUCCGUGAGCUCAAAUUCCCACCCAGAAGAAAGACUGCGGAAGAAGAGGUGCAGUGGGAAGGCUGCCGGGCCACAAGUGCAGCUGUGGAAGUCGGGAGGUCGCCUGCCGUUCACAUCCUGGCCUGCUGUCGAGGCUCCUGGCGGCGAGGUGUCCUCGUACGAUGAUUAUUUUUCACCUGAUAAUCUUAAGGAAAGGAGUUCAGAGGCUCUUCUCCCUGGACCUCAGCCAUCCGCAGGCCCUGCUCAGUUCAGCUGCAGAGGACUUUCUCAGAGGGAGAGAAGAAACAUACUGCAGAUGUGUGACUUUUCCUGCCUCAGCAAACACCCCAGGUCAGUGGAUGUUGUCACCGGUGUCCCAGCAAAAACUAGCUCCAGUCUUCAGAAACCUACACACAAGCCAGCAGACGCGAUGAGGGGUCGCCUGACCUCUGACGGAACGGGUGCCGCUGAAGACGCCCCAGGCUGUUGUCAACAGGCUGCCGCUCCUCAGAGAGAACGUGGGCACCCGGCUGGGGAAGGCUGCUCUCACGUAGACGAGGAGCUCGCUCCGCCAGAGGCACACGGAGGGGAAGGACUUCAUGGCGAUUUAACUCCUCUGGAAGGAAGCAGCGCAGAAAUGAAAGGAUCGGUGGACGUGAGAAGCACGCAGAAGGAAGAUCGUGCUUCUCGCCCGUGGAGCUCCUCUGGCGGUGAAGUGCAGUGUGGUUUUGUGAGUGAAGGUACAGUGGACAUGCCUGCAGGAGACAAGGAACACUCAUCCACGGGACGUGAUGGAAGUGUUAAAAAUGGACCAACCAGGCAUGAUGUUUUGGAGGGCUCAACGGGAGCCUGUGGGGACCUCACCAGACCUCACGAGGAAUCAGAGAAAAGAGGGAAAGGCCAAAAGCCAACGAGAACAUUAGUCAUGACAGGCAUGCCAUCUGAAGAGCAGAACAUCGUUGUCCAGGUUGUGAAUAAAUUGAAGGGCUUUUCCUUUGCCCGGGAGGUGUGUGAAACUACCACUCACGUGCUGUCUGGGAAGCCUCUGCGAACUCUGAAUGUGCUGCUGGGAAUCGCCCGUGGCUGCUGGAUCCUCUCUUAUGAAUGGAACCUUGGGCAAGCUGCAGAACUGGCUCUGGGCACCCCAGGACAUAGGACAUAGGUGGUCCUGUUCUGAUCCUCCAUCCUCCCCGCCAUCCCUUUGGUUCAUCCUGGCAAUUCCUCAGUGGAUCCACUGUGCUUUCCUAGUUCUGUAGGAAAUCAUGGUUGAGGACAGAUAGGAAAAGAGUAAUUGCCCUGGAAAAUGAAGGGCUUUGGUGCUGCCCUUCCUGAGAACAUUUGAGAACAUUUGUCAAUGGGACCGUGAUUGUCAUCAAGUACAACUCAUAGAGGAGUUUAAGGGAGAGCUGUCUUGGAGCAUAAGUCUGUGAAGUCACUCUGAACACAGCCAUUGAGAUUCCAUCGUCAUUUUUGGAAUUCAUAUAUUUAAUAAUUUGUUCUUUAAUUUUGUGAAGGGGCCAGACAGACUCUAGUUAAUACAUUCGACAUAGCAAAGCAAGUGCCCGGGUCUUGAAGCUGAGACUUUGCAUGGAAGAGAAAGCCCUGAGGCGCUUUGAGGAGGCGUAAAAGGAUAGGUAUUUGGAGAGACUGCCAGGGACCAGAGCACCUGGAGGUCACGGUCAGGAGUUCGGGAAGCUGCUGGAGUGUGUGAACUAGAGAGUGACAGGCUUUUCUCUCUCUGGCUUCUGCGUAAAGAAUGGAUUGCAGGAAGGUGAGAUAAGCAGACUGACCAGAGGAAGACAGUUAUGAUCAUCUGCGUCAGAGAUUACAAGGAGAGAGAAAGAAGAGAGAGACACACAGAGAGACAGAAACAGAGACAGAGACACACGCCAGCACACUAUGAUACAGGGGAAGAAAAACCACGCAGAGAGGAGCAGGAGAGAGGUGGGGGGAAACGGAUGCUCUUGAGCACGACUAGCAUAGUGGCAGAUCGGUGGAGAGAAGAGAUCAGACUGCUGUACUUUAUUAGGAAGAUCUCACAGGACUUGGUAACAUGCAGCACGCGUCAAUGGAGAAGUCAGGGUGUCUCCUACCCAAUUUUUUUUUUACCUGAGCAAUUGAGGGUAGAUAGUGGUAGCAUUUACUGGGGCAAGGAAUCCUCAGGGGAGAAAAAUGUUUGCAGGUUUGGGGUACAAGAAAAAA